GUAUAUAAGGUAAUCGGAACGAUGAUUACAGCAGAAAAGAAAGAUUUUUGACAGUAUGAAGUCCUCAGCCGCGUACAGUGUGUUCCUUCUGACGGUGGUCUGCUUGUUGAUCGUUCGCGGACAACAGCAAGGAUGCUCGUGUGGAAAUCUAGGAUCAGGUACAAAUCCUUGCACUUGCAGCCAGACCGUUGUAAAAGCUGCACAAUUGCCAAAACCAACGUAUUACGUUUCACCGGAAAAGAUUAACGAAGCUACAGUAGCACGGAACAAUAUAGUCGUAUCGACUGGUGUACCUCAAAUCGGCGUCUCCAAUUUGCAAAGCAUCAGCAAGUCUAAUCCCAUUAUAUAUAACAACGCUAACUCUAAUGCUUACAUCAACAGUAAUACCGAUACCGUUGCGUGCAACGAUGCUGGUUCCAACGUACAAAUCAACAGUGAUUCGAACGCGCGCAACAGUAAUAGCGACGCUAGUUCAGACGCAUAUAACAAUGGCGGUGUCGUUGGUCAUAGCAGCAGCGACUCUAACACGGUUACUAACAAUAAUCCGAUUGCUUACACCAGCAACGAACCAUCUAUUUCCCCUGCAACGUCUGUCACUUACACAACCGUUGCUUCCCCCGACAAUACCGGUGCAACUGGUUCCGGUUGUGGCUGUAGCAAGCAAAUUUCAAAAUCUUUAGAACUCGACGAUUCGGCCAAGUCAAAUUCAGAUGUCAAUAUUGUGCCCAGCUUCUCACCGAUCGGCGAUUUAUGCUAUCCACUGCCAAUUGAUUCUCGCAGUGGAAAAUUAAUCGAAAAGACUAGAGUAACUCCGGCUUAUCCUGGAAAAAUUGUAUGCAAUAAACCCAAUCCUUCGGAGCCUUAUGAAAUUUGCGUAAACAUGCUCAAUGGAGAAACCACCACUAGAGCGAUCACAUCGAUUUCACCCGGUGCAACCAGUGGGCCUAGUUCUGCAGCAUACGGACUACCAAACGUUGGCAUACUUGCUGGAUCAACUUCCGGAGCAUUCUCCGGUAGCGGAAUCGGAUCAUUUGGAAACGGAAAUACUGCUGCGUUUAGCGGAUCAACUUCCGGAGCGUACAGUCAAAUUGGCUCCGGAUCAUUUGGAAAUGGAAAUUCUGCUGCGUUUAGCGGAUCAUCAUCCGGAUCAUCAUCCGGAUCAUUUGGAAACGGAAAUUCUGCUAUGUUUAGCGGAUCAACAUCGGGAGCGUACAGUCAAAUUGGCUCCGGAUCAUUUGGAAAUGGAAAUUCUGCUGCGUUUAGCGGAUCAACGUCCGGAGCAUUCGGUGGAACCAGCUCCGGAUCGUUUGGAAACGGAAAUUCUGCUGCGUUUAGCGGAUCGCAAUUCGGAAAAUAUAUCAGUUCAAACUCUGGAUCUUUCGGUGGAUCGAGUUCCGGGUAUAGGGCAUCUCCUUUUGCAUACUCUGGCUUAAGCGCUGCGAACGGAGAAAAGCAAUAUGGGAGGAUAACCAUGAGUAGCAGUCCUUCCAGUUGUUUCGACGAUGACACGGAUGAGAGACAAGCAGAUUACUCGUAUCCAGAAGUGCCAGCCGAUGCGGUAUCUCUCACCCUCGCGUACAAAAAUCUUCGAGCUCCAAACGUAAUCUACAGACAAGGAAAACAAUUUGUACCGGAAGAUAAAUUGUCGUUCGGGCAUCGUACGGUUCCAAACGAUGCGAACAAUGUGAAGAAGAUCGUUGAUAUUCCGGAAGAGAGGCUGGUUACCGUCGAGAAGCCUGUCGUAGAAUUGAAACUGGCACCUCCGAGAACCGUUGUCAUUGGUUCUUACGACGAACGGGAAGAAGCAAAGCUUGCGGAACUCGAAGCGAUCGAACGCGAAAGUAUAACGCAAGAAGAGUCCGUGGAUCAAGUUGCGGAAGGUUUGGUCACUUACAGGGAUUUAGGAUACGCGCCGGUGGGUGCAACUUUCGCAAAGAGCUACAGCGGAAUUAGUAAUGGGGAAAUUAACGACAGCAUGGAAGAACCGUGCGGUCCCUUGGGUCCGCCGAAACCGGAUUAUAUUCCAGGCUCGGUGAUCGUUCAGCAGAACAUUGCAAGAGCUGACAGCAUCGCGAAUGCUGCUAUUGGGACAAUUACCGAUAGUAUGGAUGUGCAGCGCACGAUUCCCUCAAGAUUCAGAUCAUGCUCCAAUUGAUUGAUUAAUGUAACAUCGAACAGACCGUUUUACCUUCUAUAGACCUAUGAAAAAUAAAUUACUUUGA